AUGAAAAAAUCGGGUUUCUUGAAGGAUAAAGAUGAGUCAUUAUCAGGAAUUGUUCUGCCAAAGUCAGACUUAGCGCUUGCCAAGUUGAACCAAGAAAAAGCGUUAAGUAUUGAUAGAAAACAAGAAAAUCAAGAAAGAUCAUCAUUAGAUGUGUUUUUUGAUGCAUCAAGAAGAGGUGAUUUGAAUUUGAUUGAAUAUAUGUGUGGAUCGGGAGAAAUUAUGGCAAAUAUAUCGGAUGAUCAAGGUGUUACAGCUUUACAUUGGGCCUCUAUUAAUGAUCAGUUAAAUGUUGGACGAUAUCUUUUAUUAAAUGGAGUUGAUGUAAAUGUUCAAGGAGGAGAACUUUGUGCAACACCGGUUCAUUGGGCAGCAAAAAAUGGACAUGUAUAUAUGAUUGAUAUGCUUUAUCGGUCGGGAGCAUCAUUAGAAUUAACGGAUUUACAAGGGUUUACGGCGCUUCAUUUAGCAACACAUCGAUCAAGUGUGAUGCUUGUUGUUUAUCUUCUUCAUCAAAAUGUACAGAUUGAUUGUUUAGAUUGUAGGAAUCAUACGCCUCUUAUGUGGGCGGCGUAUAAUGGAGAUGUGUCAAUUGUUGAUAUACUUCUUCGUUGGGGGGCAGAUGUUAAAUUACAGGAUAAACAGGGAAUGACGGCUCUUCAUUGGGCAAUUGUCAAAGGAAAAUAUUUCCAAAAUAUUGUAUUUAUGUUAAUGAAUAAUGGUAAAACUGCUGAAAAAAUAGCUGAAGAAAUGAAUCGUACUUUUCUCUGGAAAAGUAUAUUGAAGGAAGCCGGGAGAGAUGCUUCUGGUAAAUUAAAAAAGCGAAUAUUGGGUUCAAAAAGUUCUAAUGUAGUCUUAUUUUUUGGCCCAUUUUUCGUCUUUGGCUUUUCAUUCUGGAUUUUUACUGUUUUCCCUAUAUUUCUUUCUAUUCCUUUUGCAUUACUUCUCUUUGUAGGUUUUCAUAUAUUUUUCGUUAAAGUUAUUUCGACUGAAUAUGAUACUUUUCUUGUUAUACAUAAGACUAAAUAUUUUUCUGGUAUUUUUUUUGGAACAUUACUCUGGGUUAUUCUUCGGUGGAUAUUUGUUUUACUUGAAAGUACUUGGAAGAAUAGUCCCUCUUUUAACAUUUCAUUUUUCAUCAUUGUUUGUUUUUCAAUUAUCUCUUUUUUCUAUAUUAUGUUUUCAAAUCCUGGAUAUAUACCCAAACCUCAAGGAAUUAAGGAACAAAGAGAAGUAAUAGAUGAUUUAAUUAAGGAAAGGUCGUUUGAUAGACAGCAUUUCUGUAUUUUUUGUUAUUCAAGAAAACCAUUGAGAAGUAAGCAUUGUAAAGUGUGUUCAAGAUGUGUUGCACGUUUUGAUCACCAUUGUCCUUGGACAGGGAAUUGUAUAGGUUUAAGGAAUCAUAGAUCGUUUAUACUUUAUAUUAUUAUGGUGCAAAUAGGGAUUGUUUUUUUUCUUCGGUUGCUAAUCAUUCAUUUUACGGUUUUAGAUUCUUCAGAAUUGUCUAAAAAGUGUUUUGCUUUUUUGAAAUUGCUUUGUGAACCUUUUUUGCUAGAUCCUUUUACAUUUGUAUUAGCAUUAUGGACUUUUUUACAACUUAUUUGGGUUACAUUGUUGCUAAUUGUUCAAUUAUUUCAGAUUUCACAUUCUAUAACUACAAACGAAGCAAGAAACUUGGAUAAAUAUGGUUUUAUGGGUAAAAUUGAGCAAGAUUUUUAUAAAAAAGAUGCUGCAUACAUGUUGAACUCUACUCUUUCAAAUAGUGAUGUAGAGUCUCAUCAUUAUUGUUCUCAUAAGAAAAGAUAUCGUAUGCUUUUAAUGUUAUCAAGAUUUCUGGGUAUUCAUCAUUUUCUAAAAAUAAUAUCUAUUUUUUCAAAGUCUGUAUCUUUGAUAAAUAAUACUAAAAAUCCAUUUAAUCAUGGUAUUGUAUCAAAUUGUAAAGACUUCUGGAGUUCUGGAACAGGAGAAAUUUCUGUAUUGGAUUUUACAAAUAAAAAAAAACAUUCUUAUACAGAAGGAAGUGCUUAUAUCAAUGGCCAGUUGAUCAAUUACUAUUACUUAUAUGAUUUUUUAGAAUUUCAUAAAGAUUAA